GAGUGUCAGUACCUCUUUCAGCCACAGCUCAUUGUGCAGAGGGCAGUCGGGGUGCCAGUCCUGUACCCAGGAUACAUCACAGAGCAGAUGCUACCAGCUCACAAUCGCUCAGCUUUGUACAAGGUCUUCAUUCCUCAGUUCACCCUGGGGCUGCAGGUCAGUCUCCUCGGAUGUCGCCUUGGUCUGCGCUCUGUUGAAAGAUGUCCCCUUCUUUUGAGACUUCGUGCCAAAGCUCCUCCUCUGUACAAUUCUUCCAGCCAAGACUGUGCCAGCCCCACUGUAUGCCAGCUAGUUCUGGCUCUGCCAUUGUGGCAGCACUGGUAUUAUGUUUUGGUGGAGAGGACCGCAAUAUCGGGAACUGCCAUCUAUUUCCAGCUGACUACACAGCUGCAAGACUGUUCCCGCCCAGGUCUCUCUCGAUCUUCCACAAGUCCUAGUUCUUCUUUGAACAUGCCUCAAUCCUUUGGAGCUGCUGGGGGACUGGCUUCCUUAGAAGGUCUCCCUUCUGCAGGGCUUUCUCUGGCAGCUGCUAACCUGUCGUGGGGUGACAGCACAAUCAUCCUGCCCUCCUGUUGGCCUAUACGCCCUACACUGAGGAAUGAGCUGGACACAUUCUCCGUUCACUUCUAUAUAUUCUUUGGACCAAAUGUUUCUGUACCUCCUGACCGACCAGCUGUGUUCAGCAUCAAUCUAUUGCCAGUGCUGGAUAGCGGAGGUGUGCUGAACCUGGAGGUGCGACUCAAUGCUUCCUCUGUCCAGGGUGAGAAUGUGACGGUGUUUGGGUGUCUGAACCACGGUGUCCCCCUGAUCUCUGGGGAUAACGCCUCCAUCAGCUGCCAGACAGAUGCCCUCUCUGGCUUCUCUCUGUCUGUAAAUGUCAGUCAUUUGGUCAGCCGGCUCCGAAUCCCGUACCCCCAGACUGGCACCUGGUACCUGAGCCUGCGCUCCCUGUGCGUCACGGAACACGGGUGGACUCCGUGCGGCAACAUCAGCGCAGAGGUAAACCUGCGCACUUUCCUGUCUCCGUGUAUCAAUGAAUGUGGAACGUACGGACAGUGCAAACUGCUGAGGACCAACAACUACCUGUACGCCGCCUGCGAGUGCCGGGCAGGAUGGACUGGUUGGGGCUGCACGGAUAACACUCAGGCUUUCACAUACGGCUUCCAGCUUCUGUCUACUCUCCUGCUCUGCCUCAGUAACCUGAUGUUCCUGCCGCCGGUACUCAUUGCUCUGCGCAGCCGCUACCUACUGGAGGCCUCUGUCUACAUCUUCACCAUGUUCUUCUCCACCUUUUAUCACGCCUGUGAUCAGCCCGGCAUCGUCGUCUUCUGCAUCAUGGAGUAUGACGUCCUGCAGUUCUGCGAUUUCCUUGGCUCGCUCAUGUCGGUGUGGGUGACGGUUAUCAGCAUGGCCAGAUUACAGCCAAUCAUCAAACAGGUCCUCUACCUGCUGGGGGUGAUGUUACUGUCGAUGGCUCUCCAGCUGGACCGUCAUGGGCUCUGGAACCUCCUGGGACCCAGUCUGUUCGCUGUGGGCAUAAUGGCUAUAGCUUGGACGUUCCGGACCAUACGCAGGCGCCACUGUUACCCCCCGACAUGGAAGCGGUGGCUCUUCUACCUGUGCCCUGGGACGCUUAUCGCCAGCUCAGCCGUGGCGCUGUACGCCUUCGUGGAAACGGAGGAAAACUACUUCUACAUUCAUAGCAUUUGGCACAUGCUGAUCGCCGGCAGUGUCGGCUUCUUGCUCCCGCCACGUUCCAAGCCUGAUGGGAGAGUGGCACCACUGUCCAGGCGGAAAGGCUGUGGCUACCAGCUGUGUGUCAAUGAGCAGGAGGAGCUCGGGCUGGUGGACCCCGGAUCAGUCUCUAUAAACAGCAUCUGCACCAGCUGACACAGGAGCCACAUGACCGUGUCGGCAUUUGUUAGUCCGUGGGACUGUUGUGGCCGGAGCUGGACAAUUAGUGUCACAAACUGCCUUCAUCUCCAGCACAGGAGAACAGCUGGCGUGGUCAGUAUUACCUCAUUCAGGACUACCGUGUGCAUUAAUAACCCACUCCUCAGCAGGGCCACAUGGGCCACGGAGGACACGUGGACAGAACAACAGUAACAGGGAACGUCACAGAUUAUGUGUGAUCGGGAUAAUCACAGCCUGUCUGUGUGGUCAGGAGGCAGGACUACAGUGCAUGUAUGAUGGACGCCACGAGGACGUAGCUAGACCUCUGUGUACUACGGAUACUCGCGCAGUGUAACGGGUCACUUGCAACGCUCCACUUUUGUUCCUGGAUCACCACUCCCACAGCUUGGGGGCCACAAACUCCUCUCUCUGGUGUUACCCACACACUUUGUUUGAUGGGACUGUGUGAUUGCACACCACAGCUGGAUGGGACUGCGAUUGUACAUUACAGCUAGAUAGGACUGUGUGAUUGCACAUCACAGCGGGAUGGGACUGUGUGAUUGUACAUCAUAGCUGGAUGGGACUGUGUGAUUGCACAUCAUAGCUGGUUGGGACUGUCUGAUUGCACAUCACAGCUGGAUGGGAAUGUGUGAUUGAACAUUACAGCGGGAUGGGAAUGUGUGAUUGAACAUCACAGCGGGAUGGGAAUGUGUGAUUGAACAUCACAGCGGGAUGGGAAUGUGUGAUUGAACAUCACAGCUGGAUGGGACUGUGUGAUUGCACACCACAGCUGGAUGGGACUGUGUGAUUGCACAUCAUAGCUGGUUGGGACUGUCUGAUUGCACAUCACAGCUGGAUGGGACUGUGUGAUUGCACAUCACAGCUGGAUGGGAAUGUGUGAUUGCACACUACAGCUGGAUGGGACUGUGUGAUUGCACACCACAGCUGGAUGGGACUGUGUGAUUGAACAUCACAGCGGGAUGGGACUGUGUGAUUGCACACCAUAGCUGGUUGGGACUGUGUGAUUGCACACCACAGCUGGAUGGGUCUGUGUGAUUGCACACCACAGCUGGUUGGGACUGUGUGAUUGCACUCCACAGCUGGAUGGGUCUGUGUGAUUGCACACCACAGCUGGAUGGGACUGUGUGAUUGCACACCACAGCUGGAUGGGACUGUGUGAUUGCACACCACAGCUGGAUGGGACUGUGUGAUUGCACGUCAUAGCUGAAUGGGACUGUGUGAUUGCACGUCAUAGCUGGAUGGCACUGUGAUUGAACGUCACAGCUGGAUGGGACUGUGUGAUUGCAUGUCAUAGCUGAAUGGGACUGUGUGAUUGCACAUCACAGCUGGAGCCGCCUGCCUCCAUUGCACUGGUUUGUUACAGGGCACUACAGGGACACUCUCACGGGAGUGGCAUGUUGGGGAAAAGAUUUAUGUUUUACAAUAAAACAACAAAAGUGCAAUAAAUAAUGAUAAAAAUAUAAAGCAGCUGCUACAGUGUUCUGUAAUACCAGCCCUGUUUUAUGGGAAAUAAAAUAUUGCUAACUGCCAGAGAUGGCUAAUCUGGGUUCCUGCUCUGUUCAGCCUCCACGUCUGCGAGCGCUGGUUUCAUCUGAUCGUUUAUUUAAAAGUCAAAGUGAGAAGAUGCGCCACCAGUAGGCGUGCUCAUAACGCUGGUCGGUGUAUACAUGUCACUGGUUUCAUUUAUACGCCCUAGAAUAUAUCAAUAGCAUAUAGCAGCGGAUUACAGGUUCCUCUAAUAAACAGUGUAAGAGCCACCAUCUGAGGAUGGGGGCAGUGAGGACCUCAGGGAGUUUGAGUUGCAGUGAGGACCUUGGGGAGACGGGGUCACUGAGGACCUCAGGGAGAGUGGGUCACAGUGAGGGCCUCAGGGAGACAAGGGCAGUGAGGGCCUCAGGGAGACAAGGGCAGUGAGGACCUCAGGGAGAUGGGGCAGUGAGGACCUCAGGGAGAUGGGGCAGUGAGGACCUCAGGGAGAUUGGGUCACAGUGAG